AACGUUCAAGCAUCCUUUCAAACGCAAUGUUCACUAAAGCAAUUGCUGCUAUUCUCGCCUUGCCCUUCGUGGCACAAUUUGCUUCCGCAAACACCUGCACGCGCACUUACACUGCUCAGGCUGGCGAUAUCUGUGACAGUAUCUCGGCGGCCAACAAUGUUUCUACUUACCAGCUUGCUGUCGUCAACGCUGGAAUCAUCGACGAAGAUUGCGACAACCUCGUCAUAGGCCAGAGCUACUGCCUUGGAUGGGAGGGACAGGACUGCACGACCACUUCUGUAGUCGAGGCCAACGACGAUUGCGACAUCGUCUCCUACGAAGCAGGCAUCAACACCACCAUCCUCUAUGAGAACAACCCGCAGAUCAACUAUGGUUGCUCUAACAUUUACAUUGGAGAGGUGUUGUGUACAGCGAACACUGUCCAAGUCCCUCCUGCCCCCGCUGGCAGUACCCCCGCUACGACUAUCCCUGCAACCGCUACUCCUGCCAACCCCGACGGCGACCUCCCUUGGUGUGACGAGUAAAUUCAUUCACCUCCACCAUCCUGCUGCAGCCUGCGCUGUUGAGUGUGUGUAGCACGGAUCGUCAACUGUGGUCAUUCGUGACGACAGGCCGGUCGUGUCGUCGCUUUGGUCACCUUUUUCCCUCUUUCAUUUUGAACUUCAUAUCGCCUGUUUUGUUUUCACAUCAAGAACUACCCCCGGUGGUAUACCCAGCAAUAGAAACUUCAUCUUCAACUUAUUGUUGUUUAUUACCUUGAAUCCUUCGCAUGUAGGUAAUUCUGGAAAUUCCCGUUACAUUUUUGAGGGAAUAGAUCGUGGUCUUGUGGGCUUGCCCUUUUGAUGACCAUUUGCGCCGUUGCUAUCGGGGUGAUGAGGUAUGAAUUAUGCUGGCCUGCAGGUACUUGAGUAUGGGAUAUUUUUCUCGAGCUUGACGACAAACAAGGAGCUAGAUUGUGCACAAGAGCAAUAUUCGCCCUGAUGUCACUUGUUCUGUGCCACAG